UCUGUGAUCACAAACACUUGAUUUGAUUUGUUUUUAAUGUUUUUAAUUUUAUUCAAAUUCAUCCACAGACCCGAAAACAAUAAUGAUAAUGAUGAUUGAUGUUUUUGUUUAAAGCUUUGAAGAUAAUCUCGUGCGAUAAUCAAGUCAACUUUUAAUUUUUAUGAUACAUUAUAGCGUUUUAUCGUGGGUCAUAACUGAAAACAAAGUUAUCACCUUCACCGUUCGACCUUCACAAGUUUUCCUUCACUUGGGAAGGUACUUAUUGCACACAGACCUUGGUAUAAGUUAACGAUGUCUGUGAUUAAAGUCAUUAAUGAAAACUCGCUCAACUGGUAUCUCAAGUACAUUGGUUUUCCGCUGGCUGUUGGGCUCACCAUGUUUCGUAUCUGCUCACAAUCAACAAAUCGCAGACGAAGAGCUGCUUUAGAAGGAAAGGUGGUUGUUAUUACUGGUGCCAGUUCAGGUAUUGGAGAGGCUUUAGCUCAUAUUUUCUAUGAAUAUGGUUGCAAAGUUAUUCUAGCUUCGAGAAGAAAAACUGAGCUGGAAAGAGUUAAAGAAGAUCUACUGUCAAAGAAACUUUCUUCAAAAACAGAAGAACCAAUUGUGUUGGAAUUGGAUUUGGCAGAUUUACGCCAGUGUGAGCCAUUUGUAAAAAAUAUAUAUGAUGCUUGUGGUCAUAUUGACAUACUAAUUAACAAUGGGGGAGUGUCUCACCGAGGUUCAAUCCUUUACACUACAUUGGAAGUGGAUAAAAAAAUUAUGUAUACAAACUAUUUUGGUUCAGUAGGAUUGACUAAAGCUGUGUUACCUAAAAUGGCUGAUAGAAAAAGUGGACAUGUAGUGUUUAUUAGUUCAGUACAAGGACUCAUAGCACUACCAGAUCGUUCUGCAUAUGCUGCUUCUAAAUUUGCGCUCCAGGCUUUUGCUGAUUCUCUGCGGUCUGAAAUGCACCAACACAAUAUUGAUGUGUCUGUAGUCAGCCCAGGAUAUGUAAAAACAUCAGUUUCGUUAAAUGCACUUACUGCCAGUGGAGAGAAUCAUGGAGUGAUGGAUAAAAGUACGGCAGCUGGUUUCACUUCAGAGUAUGUGGCAAUAAAGAUUUUGGAUAUGGUUGUGAACAAAGAUAAGGAACUAGUUGUCAGUCAAUUUUUGCCUAACUUAGCUAUCUUCAUUCGACACUCAUUUCCUUCUUUAUAUUUCUGGAUAAUGGCCCGGCGGGCUAACAAAACAAAUUUCACAUAAUUAUAAAAAAACAGGAAUGUUUUUAUUUACUUUUUUUUUCAAACAUGGCCAUACUUUGCUUAUUUUGUUUUAAGAGUUAUUGUAUAAACAAAAAAAUAUUAAAUAUGUGUAUAAUAAGUAAGUACACUCAUAAUUAUUUAAGUGAUUUAAUAUAAUUAUUAAUAAUGAAUGAUUACAUUAUGUAUGAAAUAAAACGAUUUUUAAUAAA